AUGCCUGGAACCAUGAAGCUCGCCACCUACUUGUUCAAGCGUCUCCAGCAGCUGGGCGUCGACUCCGUCCAUGGCGUCCCUGGGGACUUCAACCUUACCCUCCUCGACUACGUUGAGCCAGCUGGCCUGCGAUGGGUGGGAAGCGCCAAUGAGCUCAACGCGGGAUAUGCGGCAGACGGAUACUCCAGAAUCAAGGGCAUUGGCGCCAUUGUCACAACUUUUGGUGUCGGCGAGUUGUCCGCCAUCAACGCCAUUGCAGGAGCCUUUUCCGAGAGAGCGCCAGUGGUUCAUGUCGUCGGUGUUCCCAGUCGACCCAUGCAAGAUGGCCGCAUCCUUGUCCAUCACACCAUGAAGGAUGGCGAUUUUUCACGGUUCGCGCAGGCUCAGGCGCUCUUCACAGUUGCCCAGGCUCGUCUUUGGGACCCUAGAACUAGUGCCGAGCAGAUCGAUGAAGUUCUGAGACAGUGUCUGCACCACAGCCGUCCCGUCUACAUUGAGGUGCCGGUCGACAUGGUGUCCGCGCAGGUCUCGGAAGAGCGAUUGGCUCAGCCUCUGCAGCUGAUUCAACCCGAGCCCACCAGGAACCAAGAUCGUCUGAUCAGCAGAGUAUUGGACAAGAUACACUCAGCCAAGCAGCCCGUCAUUCUGUUGGAUGGUGAGAGCCGAGGAAUCGGCAUCGUUCAGGACGUCCAGGAGUUCUCAAAGGCCACCGGCUGGCCAACUUAUGUCACGGGCUUCGCCAAGGGCCUCUUGGAUGAGACGGAACCUAACUUCCACGGCAUCUACAAAGCGAAGUUCGGUGAGGCGGCUGCGGAAACGUUCUUCAAAGAGGCCGACUUGAUUCUCUGCUUCGGCCCCCAUUUCAGCACCACCAACUCAUACGGCAAUGCUGCUCUUCCCAACCCCGCCACCACCAUUUCCUUCAGCCACAAUGAGACUGUAUUCGAGGGCGAGCUGAUUCGCGACACACCCGCAAAGUAUCUCGUUCCCAAGAUUGUUCAGGGAGUGGACGCAGCCAAGGCCAAAGGCGUCUACACCACCUACCCUGACCUUCCAAGAGACUCCAUUCUGCCGUUCUCUGAGGUCCCGGCCGACGCCCCCCUUGCUCAAGAUCGCCUGUGGAACAUUGUUGGCAAUUUUCUGCGUCCUGGCGACAUUCUCAUGGGCGAAACUGGUACCUCGAGCUAUGGCUCCCGCAUCGUCCCGCUGCCCAAAUACGCUCGGUACUUUACGCACGUAACAUGGCUCUCCAUCGGCUACAUGCUGCCUGCCGCCCAGGGCGCCGCCAUGGCCACUGAGGAGCUCAUUAAGGCAUCGAAAUUUCACUCUGAUGUAAAGGAGUCGCGAACCAUUCUCUUUAUUGGUGACGGCAGCUUCCAGAUGACAACACAGGAGCUUGCAACUAUCAUUCGACACAACCUCAACGUUAUUGUUGUACUUGUCAACAAUGACGGCUAUACCGUCGAGCGGUGCAUUCAUGGCAAGGAUGAGACGUACAAUGGAAUUUCGCCGUGGAACUACCUCAAGGCCCCGGCGCUUUUUGGCGCCGCCGAUGCCUACACGGCGACUGCGAGAACGUAUGGAGAGCUUGAAAAAGUGUUCAACGAUGAGAAACUCAAAGACGGCCAGGGCUUGCGCAUGGUUGAAAUUUUCCUAGACCGCGAUGAUGCCCCCAAGGGUCCUCUUUUUGACUACAUGGAAAUUCAAAAGGCUGGUAAUGGCAUCCUCGUUGAGAAGGAAGUAGUGGAUGCUUAA